CUGACAACCGACAUUAACAACACAAGUCAAAAGUCAAAAAAGAAAAAAAACGAAAAACAGAGGGGAGAGUGCAUUAGUCAAACGUCACCGAUCUAGACAGCAGAAGAGAGGGGAGCUGGUUCAUGUAAAAAAAAAAAAAGAAAGAGACUUUCUCUCCCAAAUCUAUAACAAGAUAAAAGGGAAAAAGAAAGAAAGGGGGAGAGAACUCAGGAGUAUAGUUUUUAGAAUCGGCCUCCGGAACCUCAGAUCUGAGCAACCGUCCGGCGAUCGCCAUGUCAUCCGUCUUCUCCACCGUCCGAUCCUUCUCUUUUUUCGCCUUCGUUUUCCUCUUUCUCUCUUCCGCUUUGGCUUCGGAGUCGGAUCACAGGUAUCAACCAGAUGAUCCAAUUACUCUAUGGGUAAAUAAGGUUGGUCCAUACAACAAUCCCCAAGAAACAUAUAACUAUUACAGCCUUCCAUUUUGUCAUCCGGGUGUGAAUCCUGCUCACAAAUGGGGUGGUCUUGGUGAGGUCCUUGGUGGAAACGAACUGAUUGAUAGCAACCUUGAUAUAAAGUUCCAAAAGAAUGUGGACAAAGGUACCAUUUGUCAACUGGAACUUGAUGAACCAAAGGUCAGACAGUUCAAGGAUGCAAUUGAGAACAGUUAUUGGUUUGAAUUCUUCAUCGAUGAUCUGCCUUUAUGGGGCUUUGUUGGCGAGCUGCAUCCUGAUAAGAACAGUGAUAAUGGCAAGCAUGUCCUGUACACACAUAAGAAUAUCAUUAUUAAAUACAAUAAGGAUCAGAUUAUCCAUGUCAAUCUCACUCAGGAGAGUCCAAAACCAUUGGAGGCAGGGAGACUAUUGGACAUGACAUAUUCUAUCAAAUGGAUUCCAUCUAAUGUCUCUUUUGCUCGUCGCUUUGAUGUUUAUUUAGACUAUCCCUUCUUUGAGCAUCAAAUUCAUUGGUUCUCUGUUUUCAAUUCAUUCAUGAUGGUUAUCUUUCUCACUGGUUUGGUGUCUAUGAUCUUGAUGCGAACUCUGAGAAAUGACUAUGCAAAGUAUGCUCGGGAGGAUGAUGAUCUGGAAACUUUGGAAAGGGAUGUGAGUGAAGAGUGUGGUUGGAAACUUGUCCAUGGUGAUGUUUUCCGGCCUGCUCGCAAUUUGGUUCUGCUUUCUGCUGUUGUUGGUACAGGUGCUCAGCUAGCGUUGCUUGUUCUCCUUGUCAUCUUAUUGGCAAUUGUGGGAACGUUGUAUGUCGGGAGAGGAGCAAUUGUCACUACUUUUAUACUGUGUUAUGCUUUUACGUCAUUCAUUUCUGGUUAUGUGAGUGGUGGAAUUUACUCGCGAAAUGGGGGUAAAAGUUGGAUAAAGUCAAUGAUCCUAACGGCAUCUCUGUUCCCAUUUAUGUGCUUUGGAAUUGGAUUCGUCCUGAAUACAAUUGCUAUAUUUUAUGGAUCUCUAGCAGCUAUUCCUUUUGGUACAAUGGUGGUUGUUUUCGUAAUUUGGGCUUUCAUUUCAUUCCCUCUUGCUCUUCUUGGUACAGUUGUUGGAAGAAACUGGAGUGGUGCUCCAAAUAAUCCAUGUCGUGUGAAGACCAUUCCUCGCCCAAUUCCAGAGAAGAAAUGGUAUCUUACACCCUCUGUGGUCUCUAUGAUGGGUGGACUUCUGCCGUUUGGCAGCAUAUUCAUUGAAAUGUAUUUUGUCUUCACAUCCUUCUGGAAUUACAAGGUUUAUUAUGUCUAUGGUUUUAUGCUGCUGGUCUUCCUGAUUCUCAUCAUUGUGACUAUUUGUGUGACAAUUGUGGGGACAUAUUUCUUGCUAAAUGCUGAGAACUAUCACUGGCAGUGGACGUCAUUCUUCUCUGCUGCCUCAACGGCAGUCUAUGUGUAUUUGUACUCCAUAUACUACUACUAUGUGAAAACCAAGAUGUCAGGCUUCUUCCAGACCAGCUUCUACUUCGGAUACACUUUGAUGUUUUGUCUCGGUUUGGGAAUCCUCUGCGGAGCUGUUGGUUAUCUUGGUUCUAACUUGUUCGUAAGGAGGAUCUACAGAAACAUCAAGUGUGACUAGAACUUCGCUGUUGGAAAGUAGAACUAUAAGUGCUUCCACGGGCAAUAUUAGUUGCCAAGGUAAUAAACGUUGAGAGGAAGCUUCUGGUCAUUAACGGGUACCCAGCAAAGCCUACCAAUGAAAUCACAUGGUUUGAUGGUAGCGAUGUACUCUUGGUUCUGUGGAUUAGGGUAAGCCCUAAGAAUUUUGUUUUGCCUUUUUUUUUUUUUUUACCCGGCUGUAAUUGGAAGCCCUGAUUUAGAAUUCAGAUACUGUUAUUAUAAUUCAGAAGGUAGCUAAAAUAUUAGACUCAUGUCAUAUUGUUAAUACAUUUGUCCCUGUACCCUUUGCAUAUAGAUGUGUCCAGUGUAAGAAUUGAUGGCUAAAUUCACUUUGGAUUUGUUUUCC